UGCCGAGGGUAUUGUUUCUGUGGGCCUGGUAUUUGCCCCUUAUUUUAGUCAUGUGCAAGAUAAGAUACCCCGCAGCCGCAGCUUCUGAAUCAAGGCGCAGUCCUGCACCGCGUGCAGCCCGGCAUGCGAGCCCCCAAGCUUGCUAGCCGAAGAGGAUCGCUUUCCCUGUUCUUCCGACCAAUCAGUGAAUACCGCCCCACUUGUUUCAUCAUCAGACAUGAUGGUCGUCAAAAAAGAUGCACCCCCAGAUCGCAAGAUCUAUUGCAUAAACGUCUUGUUUCUUCUCGGCUCCUCCCUCUGUCCUUCCCUCUUCCCCAUAUAGUCUACCCCACACUUACAGUCAUUGUGUUCUCUCCGUGUUACAUCUUACUUUCGUUCUAAUCGUCAUACGCAGCACGCCAGCAAGCUAACGCGAAUCUGCAACUUCGGAGUGGCUGGCAAUUCAUUACGCAGCGACAGCGACUAGACCAGUCCUGCGAUUUGAAUGCGA